AAAUAGGUAAACUGGCUGAGGAAAUUUGAGGUUUUUGUAGCCCCAAAUCAGCAUUCCAUUCUAACUUCACAACAAUGGAUCUCAAGAGCCCCAAGUACUCACAAGCUUCUUCACUAUUUUCAUAUAACAAGAUAAAUAUCUCACCUUUAAUUUGCCUUUUGCUUCUUUCUUUGCAUUCGUUUGCUCUCAUCUUUUUCCUUUUCUGGUUCUGUUUUCGGCCACAUAUGUUUCAGGGAGCGGCAUUAGAGAGCAAUGUAAGUUUCUGCAACAACAGAAAUAUUGAAAACUCAUUUGGGGAUACGAUCCCUGAUCCACUUUGCAAGCUUAAUCUCAGAGAAACCUCAGAGUUUGUGAAGGCCUUUCCAAUGGCUAACAAUAGUGCUGAAAGCAGAUGUGUUCUUGAGACUCCAGCUCAGAGGAGAGAGGGGAAGAGUUUAGUAUCACAGAGGAAACUAGAAGCGCCUCCAACUCCUGGUAGGCCUGUGUUUAGCUUCAGUGCUGGAAAUCUCCCCAGAAAGAGCUUCCCUUCCAAGUGGGAUGAUGCAGAGAAAUGGGUCAUCAACAGCUCUUGCCAUGAUUCACCUUCCCCUACUUUAAAAACUCUUGGAGCCCCAAGAGGGGGCGGAGGAUCACUAUCUCCGCGUACUGAAUAUCCGGCUGAACGCUGGUACCUUAUGGAUCCUUCCUGGUCAUCGUUGCCCCUUUCUCGUCCUAUCUCCGUCGAGGGAGGGAGCCCCCCUGAAGGUUCCUCUUCCCCCAUAUUCAUGUUCGAUGCUGCUCUUGUCUUCUUAUGA